CUGUUCCAGACUUCCUCUGUUCCAAAACAAGCGCCUUCAGGGCGCGUGGGACUUCAUGUCGUUUCCGUUUCUGAGAUCAGCUCUUGACUAUUGUGUUCUGAAUGAAUGUUUCGUUGAGAAUUUUGGUAAAGUCGUUUGGUUUGGUAAUCGGAAUCAGAAGUAAGAGUUGGCUGUUUCAAUUAUUCCUUGUCUCACCACCCUCUCUCUCUCAAUUCCUUGCAACCCACGACCAAAUUCUCUUCAAUUCUUCAAAUUCAGUUUCUGGGUAGCAAGUGAUUUUCUUUGUCUGAACAAAGGUGGGGCAAAAUAGGUUCAAUUUUGGUAAAUUUUGAUGUACAAAUGAACAAUCCUACACCAGUGAUUUUCAUCGGGUGUUCUCUCUGACCCAUCAAGAGAGAGAAAUUUUCUUGGGUUUGGAGAGAGAAAAUGAAGGAUUUUCCUGGCACUCCUGGGACUGUGACUGGGCUUGUUCUUCGAAUUUUCCAGUGUUUGUUUGCAGCUGGUUCAAUUGCUUCCGUGGCAACUUCUAAUUCGAUCUUCAGUAUCACAGCUUUCAGCUACCUGAUUGCUUCAAUGGGUUUGCAAGUCAUUUGGAGCUCUGGGCUUGCUUUCUUGGAUGCAUAUGCCUUGGCAAGGAAGAAGGUCCUCCACAAUCCUCUUCUUGUCAGCCUCUUUCUUGUCGGAGACUGGGUUACAGCAACAUUGUCUCUUGCAGCAGCUUCUGCUACAGCCGGCAUCACAGUGUUGUCCUUUAGUGACUUUGGAGGUUGCGGCUUUGGGGAAGAAUGUCAAAGAUACCAGAUGGCGGUUGCAUUGGCCUUCUUUGGCUGGAACACGAUAGCAAUCUCAUCUCUAAUUAUGUUUUGGCUUUUGGCAGCAGAUAAGUUCGAUCGAUACACGGAUAGCUGAAAUAUGCAGAGAUCCAAAAAAUUUCCAAGUAUGAAACUGAGAUCGAUUGAAGAAAAAGUUCGAUUGAUCUUGGAAGACUCAGAUCGAUCUGAAAUGAAGUUUGAUCGAUACACAGAGAGCUGAAAUAUGCAAGAAAUUCUCGAUCGAUGGGACUGAGAGAUGAGUGGAUGCAGAGAUGAUGUUCGAUCGAUCGAACUUAUACUAAGAUCGAUCGAACUUAUACUAAGAUCGAUCGAACAAGAACAAUUAAGGAAGAAUUCGAACAUCUCAUUGAAAACAUUGCAUGUAUUACUAAAUCUCUUCAUAGAUUGGAUUUACCAAAAGGGCAGCUUCCAUAUGCCUUUGGAAAACUUGUCCCUCAAUGUAGGGUUUUAACCUUUGCCCAUUCACCUUGAAUGUGUUGCCAUUAUUUAAGCUUUGAAUUUCAAU